AUGCCAGCCGCCAUCAGAAUUCAAGAAGACAACCUUGCCAUUAUGCCUCAGCUGAAUUAUUUUGCACGCAUCCGUCUCACACUCCUAGCGGUAUUCAAAUAUAUAAGUGUAUCCCCCGUCGAUUCUGCUGUUGAGAAUUUGAUCUGGCACUACAAGGCCGCCUCGUCGCCAUGGGGUCCUAUCGGCGGCUUACACAAGACCUCCGAUGGUUAUGUCCGCGUACACGACUCCUUCUCCAAUCAUCGUGACGGUGCUCUGGCUCUAGUCGGGUGCCAACCGAAUGCCACCCGCGCGGAACUAAGCUCCAGAAUCGAAAGAUGGCGCUCUGUCGACCUCGAGGCUGCUGCAUUCGACAAUCGCGUUGUCAUUUCCGCUCUUCGAUCUUAUUCCCAAUGGGGUGUACCUCCCCAAGCGCAGAAGGUCGCCGACUUCCCCAUCGCCUUACGCAAACUCUGCGAUGGACCUACUGGACGUCCUUCUACUAUGCAAUCACGGCCUGAUAAGGCCCUUCGCGGACUGCAGGUUCCCGAGCUCUCCCGGGUGAUCGCUGCGCCUCUCUCUGGCCGAACGCUAGCUGCACAUAGUGCCGAUGUUGUCUGGGUGACCAGCCCUAACCUCCCCGAUCUCCCAACUAUGGAUCGCGACUUCCACCGAGGCAAGCGUACAAUCCAGCUUGAUCUGAACACCUCACCGGACCAGAACAAACUAUCUCAGCUCCUCGAGGACGAAUACGUAUUUGGAAACCCGCGAAACAGGCUCCCGAGAGAUGACUGCUAUUCGGCACUUGGCUUCGAUCGAGGGCGUGGAAGUUGGCUGGGAUAUAAUGCCCAAGCCUCUGGGCUCGGACAAGAUAAAAUGGCUGUAGGGGUGGGCUAG